ACAAAAAGAGGGCAGGAGGCGGGCCCAUGGUGACAUUUCAGUAAAGCCCACAAAGUCUCGCGUUUUUAUUUAUUGAUCGCAGAUAUCCAGGAAGACAGGGUUGAAAUAAUAAAUCUUUAGUGUGAAAAAUAAAAUGGCUACUGGCAGCAGCGUUAACCCGUUUAAUCUCAGCGACUCCGAGGAGGAGGCUGAGCGGAGGCCGGACAGAUCAGACAACAAGCGGGGCCCUAGUGAUGGACCGGCGGGGCAGCUGAGCGGACCCCUCUCGCUGCAAGCUGACUCAGACCCGACAGGUCUGCUGUCCAGCAAUAGGACGAGUCCCAGUAUGGAAGGUGUUUCUGUGGCUGCUGCAGCUGGAGGAGGUGGUGCAGAAGUCCGGGUGCCUGUGGACGUGAUCGCUGCUCAGUUGCUUCGGGAUCAGUAUGUCCUCACGGCUCUUGAGUUCCACACCGAGCUGUUGGAGGCCGGCAGGGAGCUGCCCCGUCUUCGGGAUUACUUCUCCAACCCGGGUAACUUCGAGAGGCAGAGUGGGACCCCACCCGCUUGCAAGGAUCAGGGAUUCGGACAGUCAGGACAGCUCAACCGAGCCGGCAGCAUCAGCACUUUGGACUCCUUGGACUUUGCACGGUAUUCUGAUGAUGGAAACCGAGAGACAGAUGAGCGUGUGGCAGUCCUGGAGUUUGAACUACGGAAAGCCAAGGAGACCAUUCAGUCCCUUCGUGCCAACUUGACUCAGGCAGCAGAGUGUGAAGUUCCUUCACAGGAACGAAAGAAUUAUAAAUCGAGUCCUGAAAUUCAGGAAGCAAUCCGACCUCUUGAAAAAAGAGCACUGAACUUUCUUGUGAAUGAAUAUUUAUUAAAGAAUAAUUACAAACUCUCGGCAAUCACGUUUUCAGAUGAAAAUGACGAUCAGGAUUUUGAGCUGUGGGACGAUGUCGGGUUGAACAUUCCAAAGCCUCCAGACCUGCUCCAGCUUUACCGGAGCUGCGGGAGCCACCGGACCGCCUCCAGGGAUGCGGUCGACACUGCUGUCGGGGAGAAGCUUGGGGAGCUUGAGGUUAUCGCCACCACCAAAGAGGCCCUUCGCACUGCCGAGCAAACACAGCAACGUGCCGUAGUGAAGGACCUGGAAUACCAGAUCAAUCUCUUAAACAGUGAAAAGCAUCUUUUAGCUGAACAGAUCAAAAAGCUUCAGGGUGAAAUAGAUGCCCUUAAAAUAAAGAACCUCACUGUUCCACCGUUCGUAUCAGAAUCAGGGAAGCCAGCGUCGGAUCAAGUGCCUCUCGCUGUCGCCGUUGACAACAGACAGUAUCUGGACGUCACAGGCCCUGACGCGGUCAGCAGAACUGCACAGCAAGAUCAUAUCCCUAAUUCCAUUGGGACUAACGCAAACACACACUCUGACCUCCCUACUGCUGAAACACUGUCCGCACACUACACAAAGUUAAAAAAUCAGAUAUCCCGGAGCAAAGCAUCUGUACAGUUUGAUCAACCCAACAGAAAGCUGUCCCCUGCAUUCCAUCAAGCGCUGCUGUCUUUCUGUCAAAUGUCAGCUGACAGCCGUCUAGGCUCAGAGGUGUCCCGUAUUGCAGACAGUGAAGAGAGCGUCACGCUGAUGCUGGGGCGCUGCUUACCACACAUCGUGCCCAACGUGCUUCUAGCGAAACGGGAGAGAAUGGUUGUGCAUCUUUGUCAGGAGUUGAUCCCACUGAUUUUAUGUACGGCCUGCCUUCACCCUGAGCCCAAGGAGAGAGAUCAGCUUCUGCAUAUUCUCUUCAAUCUGAUCAAGAGGCCGGAUGAUGAGCAGAGACAGAUGAUCUUGACGGGAUGUGUGGCAUUUGCACGUCAUGUUGGAGCAACGCGUGUCGAAGCUGAGCUUCUACCGCAAUGCUGGGAACAAAUCACCCACAAGUACCCGGAGAGAAGACUGCUGGUGGCAGAGUCUUGCGGAGCUCUUGCGCCUUAUUUGCCUAAAGAGAUUCGCAGCUCGCUGGUGCUGUCAAUGCUGCAGCAGAUGCUGACGGAAGACAAGGCAGACAUGGUCCGAGAAGCUGUGGUCAAAAGCCUCGGCAUCAUCAUGGGGUACAUUGAUGACCCAGAUAAAUAUACCCAGGGCUUCGAGCUGAUGCUGAUGGCCCUGGGGGACCCAUCAGAGAGGGUAAUCUGUGCAAUACACCAGGUGUUCAUCCCAGCUUUCGCUGCCUGGACCACAGAGCUGGGCAGCCUGCAGUCCCAGCUCAUUCCCACACUACUCAGCAGGAUUGAGAAGCUGCUCAGGAAAGGAGAGCACGGACUGGAUGAACAUAAGCUCCACAUUUACCUGUCUGCACUCCAGUCACUGAUCCCUGCCCUGUUUGCAGUGGUGAUACAGAAUGCCCCCUUCACGAAUACAGCCAAGCUCCAUGGAGAAGUGCUGCCCAUAGAAGUUACCAGGUUCCCUCGGCCAGCCUCUCCUCUCCAGGACGUGGCCACCAUCAUCGGCAGCAGAGAACAGCUGGCGGUACUACUUCAGCUCUACGACUACCAGCUGGAGCACGAGGGGACCACCGGAUGGGAGAGCCUGCUCUGGGUGGUCAACCUGCUGCUGCCGCAGCUCAUAGAAAUAGUUGGCAGGAUCAAUGUUGCUUCCACAACUUGUGUCCAUGAAUUUUCCAGAUUCUUCUGGAGGUUGUGUAGAACGUUUGGGAAAAUCUUUACAAAUACAAAGGUGAAACCGCAGUUCCAAGAAAUCCUCCGGCUUUCUGAAGAAAACAUUGAUGCCACAGCUGGAAACGGCAUCCUGACAAAGGCCACGGUACCUAUCUAUGCAACAGGUGUCCUAACGUGUUAUAAUCAGGAAGAAGACCGAAAGCUAUUGGUAGGAUUCUUGGAGGAUGUCAUGACAACCCUUUCUUUGUCGCAUGCGCCUCUUGACAGCCUAAAAGCUUCAUUUGUGGAGCUGGGGACGGGCCUGCUGAGAUGUAGCAACUCAUUCAGGGAGACAUCUUGUCAGCAAACAGCAGGUGCCAACCCUGCAUACCACGAGCUGCUCUUAACAGUUCUGUGGUAUGGAGUAGUCCACACAUCAGCACUGGUGCGCUGCACUGCUGCAAGAAUGUUUGAGCAGAUUCUGCGAGGCAUGAGCGAAGCCUUAAUUGACAAGAGAGUAGCUCCAGCCCUUGUUACCUUGUCCAGUGAUCCUGAAUUUUCUGUAAGGAUAGCUACAAUACCAGCGUUUGGUACGAUCAUGGAGACAGUUACGCAAAAAGAGCUGUUGGAAAGAGUGAAGAUGCAACUGGCCUCCUUUUUAGAAGACCCCCAGUAUCAGGAUCAGCAUUCUUUGCAGAUGGAGAUCAUCAAAACAUUUGGAAGGGUUGGACCGAAUGCUGAGCCCAGGUUCAGGGAUGAAUUUGUGCUUCCUCAUUUGCACAAGCUGGCUCUCGGUAACAACACGCAGAUGGUGGAAAGCAAGAGGCAAGACAUCGCCAUGCAGCUCUUUGAAGCCUACAGUGCACUGUCCUGUUGCUUUAUUUCAGAAGACUUGAUGGUAAACCAUUUUAUGCCAGGUCUGAGGUGUCUAAGAACUGAUAUGGAACAUCUUUCCCCUGAACAUGAGGUUAUUUUAAGUUCCAUGAUAAAGGAAUGCGAGCAAAAGGUGGAAAACAAGUCGGUUCAUGAACCGCAAGGUUCAAUGUCCAUUGCUGCAAGUCUUGUGAGUGAAGACACAAAGACCAAGUUCCUCAACAAAAUGGGUCAGCUGACCACCUCUGGGGCCAUGUUGGCCAAUGUAUUCCAGAGGAAGAAGUGAAGUUGAAGGCCCUGCUCUCACCUGACACUAACACGGGCCUCCUGCGGUCCAACACCUGAACUCAACUUGAAUUCGGUCAUCUGCCUUGUUUGAUUAUUAUUAUUAUUAUUAUUAUUAUUAUUAUUAUUAUUAUUAUUAUUAUUAUUAUUAUUAUGUUUUCUGGUGAUAAUUUUAUUCAAACUUCCAAAGAAGUGUGCAUUUCAGUUGGUUUAAUUUGCUGUAUUUCUGUUGUAUUUUGUUUCAAUUUAUUUUUUUUAAUGUGUGGUCAGUUACAAAAAAAAUAGUUACAUUUGCUCCUCCCUGUCUUGUCUCAAUUGUUUUUUGUUGCUGUGUUUCUGACAUGGUUUUUAUAAAGUGGGUAAUAAUAUUUUGGGCUUAAUUUUAUUUAUUUUUUGACUUGGUUUAAAAGUAAAUAACUGUAUAAUACACUGAAUUAUUAGAUCGGUACCUGUAUAAUGUAAAUUUGAAGUCAAUGUCAUGAAGUAAUAAAAGUGAAGAACACUUGUGUACUUAAAUUGUGAUAGUCAUGCAGACUGCUUUUUAUUAUAUAGUUUCGUAAGCCAUCAGCCCUGUGCCUUCUGUAAUAAUACAACACUCACAGGCUUAAAACAGGAUUGGGUUUAUAGCAAGGCAGUCACAUCUACAUCCCCAAGUAUCAUGCAGAAAUAUCCAUAAUCGAAUGACAUAAGACUUUUAAGUAUUGCUGGCAACUUCAUGUGAAUUCCUGCAGAAUCUCCUAAGAGUAACAGUACAAGAGUAAAGAAUACAUUUUUAAUGAAAGCUCUAGUUACACCAAUGCCCACGUAUUCACAAAGAGGAACACUGUUUGGAAUUGGUAUAGGUCUGAAUUUACAGCUGUUAUUUUGUAGUGUUGAAUGAUAUUGUAAAGAUCACUUGGAUAGUUACAGAUGUAUUGGAACGAGCAGUGAUGUCUCUGUAUGAGUUUGAAUUUUUUUUUUUUUUUACUAUGCCAACAGUAGAAUUUGGAAAAUACACACACUGGAAAGUUAGAGAGGCAUGUGAUUAAUAAGGGAAAACAAUAGGUUUAGGUGUUUUAUUGUAUAUAUUUUCGUGGUAAGAGAGCAAUGCAGUAUGUCCAGCACAACAAACCUCAGGUAAGGUUGGUGUUAAUGUGAAUUACCUGUGUUGGCAAAGACUAAUACUUUGAGGGAGGGACGUAACAGUAGGCUCCCAUUGUUUCUAAUGGACCUUUUUGUAUUUCUGUUAACUUUACUCAAGCUGGUGUGGGUAAUGUUAUUUCAAAGAUCCAAGCCAUUGGCCAGUGAGCUGAGCACCACUAGGACACAAAUUGCCAACAAUACUACCCACAUCCACUGAAAUACCUGCCAAGUUGAAUUACUCCAUAGCGUGUACCAUUCAACCAGUCAUAUCUGUGAAGCGCGUAGGGGACUUCUGAAGCACUUUGUACUUAUUGGUGCUGCUGCUGGCAGGGAGGACAGGCUGCUGGUUAGUUUGUGUUUUUUUUUUUUUUUUUUUUUUAUUUUUUAAAAGGCAAUUUUCACUUUAUUCUGAAUUAAAUGCUUCCUGAUGGCAGAACGGCAUAAAACCUUCAGUAAUUUACUUACCUGUAAAUAUCACAUAAGAGAGAGGUGGCUGGAAGUAAGUUAAUUGUGAAAGUCUUAUCUACCCAUGUGAUUCUGCUGUUGUCAGAUGUAAGAUGCCAGAGGCUGGGUCUUGGGAGAACAAACUACAUGCAGUUUGGAACAUUUCUGUCAAAAAAAGUCAUUUUAAACUAAUAAAAUGGAUGUAUGUGUG